GUCAAAACGAUACAUCUAUGAAAGAGUACUGCCGUAGCGUAUAACUUGUUAGAAAGCCAUACCUGCACAUGUUGUCCUGCAUGGCUUUGGUCGUGUGUGCACGCUGCUCAGGGUAAAAGCAUUUAGGGAGAAGUUGUUAAACUCAACCUUUCCGUCAUUCCUACAACUCCAGAUACACACAUUACAUCAGCAUGGAACGGCGCGUGUGGGUUAAGAAACACAACGGACAUCCCACCUGCAUCCGAGUCGCAUCUGCGGACAUCGUAGACGACCUCAAGUCGCGCGUGAUGGAAAAGUACCCAACGUCCAUUGCCCAGCAGUGCGACCCGGCCGACUUGGUGAUACGCUUGGUUUACCCGCAAUGGACCACUUCCACUAGCAUGCUUAAUACCGGACCUACAUACAGACGGCCAGGGCAGCCAUCUCAGGCUGUUUUAGCCGCCCAUAUCAAACGCGAAGCCACAACCUCGCCGCUCUCACCGGCCCCAAGCGCACUAAAAAAGCCUGUCUUCAGCUCUCUGGAACCCCCGGGCCUGACAGCGGUGCUUGAGCCGGACCAGGUGGUGGGCAAACUCCUCGAUCACUACUUUCCGAACGGAAUGGGCAUGUCAGAUGCGUUUCUCAUCGAGUAUCCGCAAAGUCUCGUGGUGGGCAAUGCUUCGGGAAGUCAAGCCUCCCAGAACUUACAAGGUUUUCAGAGCCAGAGCUUUCAGACCCUGGGCUUUCCCAACCAGAUCACACCCCGGCAGGCAAGCUUUCCGGGGCCUUCGCCGUGCCUGGAACACGGCUUAGUUUCGCCUAACCCGGUCUACCCGAACCUGACAAUUCAGCAGAUGCAGCAGUCGUUGAGUCCCGUGGCGGCACUGAACCCGCCGCCGAUCCACCGCGCGCUGCUUUCGUCACCGCGCUCCGCAUCUGUGGCUCCGAGCCAAACGCUUACGCGUCACCUGACCCUCCCAAACCAGAGCAUACGGGGCGCAAAUGCGCAUACGCGUGCAUUGUCGUCGGAAUCGACUCCUAGCAAAGGUAGCACACCGGUGUUGUUAUUGCCGCGCAACUUUACGCUCAGCGGGGCGUCCACGAGCCCGACUGAGGGCAAGAAACGGCCGGAAAAGCUGAGUCUACAGCCGCUUGCCGAAAUCGUGACGCCCAGCGAAAAGUCUCCCUUGGAUCUUCCAGCAAAGUUUCUCGGAGGCUUGGAAGACAUCCAGCGUAACUCGCUACCGAACCUACUCUCAGACUCCAACCUGCUCCCGGGCUCUGGCCCACUACCGGCCUUGGAUGUCGGGCUACCAGCAUCCAUAGACAUCUCGCGGUUCCGGAACAGCUCGAAUGAGCUUACGAAAAAGAAGUCCGCGAACAAGGGCAAAAAGCCGUCCACAACAGACAAGGUGCUUCCGCGGAUCCGCGUGCUCAUCGUGGAGGACAACAAGGUUAAUAUCCGCAUCUUGUCGAUGUUCAUGCGACAGCGAAACAUCAGCUACGCGCUUGCCAACAACGGACAGGAGGCAAUUGACCGCUGGCGCGAGGGUGGAUUCCACUUGGUGCUCAUGGACAUUCAGUUGCCGGUUAUUUCCGGAAUCGGUGCCACCAUCGAGAUCCGGCGCCUCGAGCGCAUCAACAAGAUUGGGGUUUUUGCGGAAAACGAUGGCAACGAGGCUACGUUUCCUGUAAACAUGGAGGAUUUCUUACCAAUCGAGCAGUUCCGCUCACCCGUGAUUAUCGUCGCCUUGACCGCGAGCACUAUGGAUCGAGACAAGACGGAUGCGUUGGCUGCGGGCUGCAACGAUUUCCUUACCAAGCCAGUCAAGCACGAGUGGCUACAAAACAAGAUCAUCGAGUGGGGGUGCAUGCAGGCUUUGAUUGACUUUGACUCCUGGAAGUUUUCCAGCAGAGACGAGGAGACCCAGCCGCCACUCCCAUUACCGCAUAGCUCAAAGGUUCGGAGCAGAUAACGACCCACCCAUGCGUUUUGAUUGUAAAGCUCUGAGUUUUUCCGUUAUUUCAGGUGAAAGUACAAGGGGUCUGCUUGGUAUCCGGUGGAAAUCUGUUGGGGAGCUUGAGAAAGGCCGCCUCUGGGAUUUUGUGAGAUAGAGCCCAUCCCCUUGGAAUUCUCCUGUUUCUGUUGCCGUAUCCCAUAUCCCUCUAUGGCUUGUUAUGUGAGAAGUCUCUGUUGUCUACUGUUUUGGGGGGCUUGUGAGAUAAACUUCACUCGCUUCUUCUGCUCUUGGAGUACUUUCUAGAUAUCCCACUUUUUUUUUCUCCCUGAAGGGGGUUUGGCAGAUAUAUCGAUCACUUUUCAGGUUCAUCGUUAUCUAAUACACCACUCGUCUGUCCUUUUUUUCAGCCCAGACUUCUUCUGUUUGUUCUACUUUCAAUUUGUUAGCCAUGCGAUUCACCCCAUACGGUACUGGCUACUAUCUUUACCUGUUG